AUGAAACCUUCAAAAUAAACUUAAAAAGUGGAAGAAAGUUAAGAAGCAACGAAUAUUGGUAUUUGUAAUCACUAAAAGAAGUGCAAGGCAUAAAGAUCAAAUAACUUGAUUAUGGUGAACUAGCCAAUACUGGUUUAUAUAAAUGUAUAUGAAAAUGCAUUCAAACAUAUUAGAAUUUUCAUUUAUUUCGAACCAUCUGCUCAAAGUCAUCUCAAAGGAUGAGUAAAGUUAUCGCUACAAAAUACACUUUGGAUUAUGCAAGAUGAUGGAGUUCAAUGAAUUAGAAUUGGUGUAUUGGCAUUUAUUGAAUCUGCAAUUUGACUACGGCAAAAAGUUACAGUCCAAUUAUUCACAAGAUAUUAAGUAACCUUAUUAAAUCGAGUUAGGAUUUGCGCUUUUCAUUAUUUUAAAGAUUUUCUCAAAAUAUAGGCAGAGUUCAUUCCUGAUAUUGCAUUAUAUAAAAGGGAGUUGUUGUUUUUAACUUUAUCAGCCUUCUACACAAUCAAAUUGUUGAGAAACAUUUAAAACUUCGACAAAAUAGGUGAGUUUAUCAAAGAGGACAAAUUUUGCGAACUUUUCAGAAGAAUAGAGCCAGCAUUUAUAAAUGUAUCUCACAACUUGACCUUGUUUGUAGUGAACCAAAAAUACAUUGAGUUGACUAAGUUUGAGUAACAAUUAGAUUAGUAAGAAAUCAAUUACAACUUUAUUGUUGAAUAAAUUCUUGAAAUGGCUCCUGCUUAUCAAAAAGAUGAAGAUUUGCCUAUCUCCAAAAAAGUGAAGAGAUAAAAAAAGAUGAUGGCUAAGAAGAUUGAGAGUAAUAAGAAGCUAGAGCAAGAAGCUUAAUAAAAAAUAGAAGCCUAAUAAUAAUAACAAUAUUAGUUUUCACAACAAUAUCAGAUUUAGUUAAUGUCAUAAAAUGACUAACAAUAUUUAAGUUAUCCCAUGGGUUCCAUUUAAUCUUCAAAAUAAUUAAAUUAAGGUUUAGCAUCUUAAGGCAAUCAACAGAUUUAAUAAGAUAAUUAUUAUUAAAAUGAUCUAUGUUCCUUUCAAUUGUAGGAUGGGCAAAACUCUUUUGGACCUAAAUUGAGAUCUCAUAAAGGUUUCUUCAAUAGUCAAGAGAGUCUCGGCCUAAGGUAUUCGAAUUAAUUCACUUCGAACACACCAAAGGAGACUUACAAUUAAAGAAACUAGACAUCAACAUAAUGGUCAAGUAGGAAUGGAAAAUGA